AUUUCUCUCACCACGUCCUGCGUAAACGCGCGCGCUUCUCGAAUAAAUUCAAAGUCCCUCCCAGACUGAAGCUGCCUCUGUUCACUCAGACUGCUCUCAUCCUCGUGCAGCUCUGUGACUCGACUGGCACACUCCAGGUUAAACAGGUCUCCAUCUCCACUCCAUAGAUCCUAAUUACCUCGACGGGAGAGGCUUUUUGGAUAACCUCAACGGCGAUUUUUCCACAGGCGGACACGCUCUUUAAUGAGCGCAAGAAAGACUGGAUCAACGCUUCAUUUAAAACCCAGCAUCGUUACGCGUGCGUUAAACCCUCGCCCGCUCAGGAUGAAGAUAACGUUUGGCUCUUUGGUGAUCGCGGCCGGCAUCAGCGGCAUCCUGAGCUUCGCUUUUUUGGCCACUUCCCUCGGAACCGAGUACUGGUACAUCAUAGAGAUUAAUCCUACGAACAUGAGCGACUUUGAGAACAUGAGCUCCCACUCGGGACUGUGGAGCAUCAACGAAGGUGGGAAGAUGUACGCAGACUCUGUGGACUCCUUCAAAUCUGACUACUCCAGGUACUCUGAGACUGAGCUGGACCUGCUUAACAUGCACAGUGCCAUAGUGGUGGUGCUCCCCCUCAGCCUGGUCCUUUUGCUGUUUGGUGGCAUCUGUGGCUUGGUCAGCUCCCUGGCUCGGAGCCCUGUCCUCCUCACCGGCACGGCCUCCUACUUCUUCAUCUGCAGUCUGCUGACCCUGUGUGGUGUGAGCUUCUACAUCAUCUACUCAUACCAGGCCCUGGCAGAGAUAGAGAGGCGGGUGGAGCCAAAGGACCUGGCCUGCGUUCACACCUCCUUCGGCUGGUCUCUGGGCUUGGCCUGGCUCUCCUACGGCCUGGAGCUCCUCACCGGUACACUGCUGCUCAUAGCUGCACAAAUGGUCAAGCUGCGGCACAGCAGCCCCACCAUGGCCUGACACAAGUCUUCACCGUGGAACACAGGGAAGGGCACUGAGCCAUACUGAACUGUGUAUGAACUUGGGAGAAGGAACAGUCAGGUAUGUUGUUGCCAUGUGGUUCUGUCUUGGAACAAGGUAACAAACAAUAACAGGAUGAUAUGAAGGCUUUGACAAAAUACAAAAGUUGAAUUUAAGAUGAUUUGACUUGUUUUAUGGUCUAAACAUCCUUAAACCUGCCUCAGGCUGGUGCUUCUGUGAUUUUCUUUCAGUGAAGAGAGGUGGUGGGCUCUGUUUUAAAUCUGACCAAUGAUGCCCUCUUGUGUUGAGAAGUGAAGUGGCUCCACAACCUCGCUGUAGUAAUUUAAUCUGUGCCAAACUAAAUGGACAAGCUUGCAAUUUCAGUUCAAUUUAAAUGUAUGGAUAUGUUUUUAUUCUCGCAGUAUUUCACAUGCACAUUAUCUGUAUUGUUAAUCAUGCAGAUUACUUUAAUGUAAGGUAUAGUUGUUUGUUUUGAAUGUUUAAGUUAAACCGUAGAAGUGUUUAUAUCAUUGAAAAUGUGGAAUAAAUGUUGGUUCCAUGUGACAGCAGCUUAAAAAUGUUACACUUAGAGGCCACUGAUCCUGUACCUUCAUUCUCCACGUCCUAACUGUUGUUCAUGUUCAGUACUCUGGGUACGAUACAUGACUGCAUCUGUGUCAUGCAGUGUUUUUCCUUGGCAACCAGUUACUUUUAUAUCAGGUUAAUUAGAGGGUUAAUUUUCACACAGUUGGUAUAAAAGUACUCACACGCAACGAUCAUGCUUAAAUGGCAGAUUCUGUUUUGCUGUUGUGCAUUCAACAUGUUCUGACGUGUUUAAGUCAAAUGUAUUUCUUUCUGCCAAGUACAGUAAAGUCAUUGCUGGUUAUUUAAAUUGAGCACACCUCUUUACUUUGUGGCACCAGAAUUAAUAUCUUUCUCUUAUGAAAACUGCAACAUUUUGCCAAAAAAAAAAGUCGAUACACGUUGACAAACAUGUACAUACCAGUGCUUGUAACAUGGACAUUUGGUUGAAAGCUCAAAGGCAGCAGUGGCCAGAGUGAGAACGUGGCCUUAAAUACACACCUGGAUACCUGCUGCUGUUGCUUACAGCUGGCUGGAUCUUUUCAGAAAAAAAACACAAAGACACAUCACUAAAUACUUUUUCUAAGACGUUCCUAUGGCAACCUAAACAUCCUGUGCAUCCCCACAGACAAAGGAUGAAAAGCGUUUCUGCUCUUAACAAGCUCUGCCUCGCUGCAGAACAUUACAGGUAAAAGCAUCUGCAGAGAGCUAAAGAGAUAAAAAUGUGGCCAUUAGAGAAACAAAAUGUGAAGUUUC